AUGAUGCACCCUGCUCGACAAGCCUAUGUUGAGGAGGCAGAGGACAUGGAUAUGGGAAUUGACCUCGCCAAUAUUCCCACCGAUCAAGACUAUGAUAUCCCAUCCUCUGCAGCGGGCAUCCCCGCCGAGCGCGCAUCCGCCAUCUAUUCCCAAUUCGAGCGCAAACGCAGAGCGGCCGCGAUGGCAGUACCGACGGAUGAUACCAAAGUACGCGCACGAUUACGAGAGCUCGGUGAGCCCAUUACACUCUUCGGCGAAGGACCUGGCGACCGGAGAGAUCGAUUGCGAGAGCUUUUGACCGAUAUCUCGGAGCGCCAGGGAGGAGGCGAAGAUAUUGAAAUGGAAGAGCCCGAGGAGGAGGUUGAGCAACAAGAAGAGUUCUACACAGAAGGGACAAACAGUUUACUCGAAGCCCGGAAGAACAUUGCCCGGUUCUCUUUACCGAGAGCCAAGGCCCGUGUUGCGCGACUCAAGGAAGAAUCAACAAUUCCACUUCGAACCCAUGUGAAACAUCGCAAAGCGGUCAAAGAAAAGCUUCAAGGGUUUGAUUUGUAUGGAUCACAAAUUGCGGGCGAUCGACCUGUGAGUAUCUGUCGUUUCGCACCAGAUGGACAGACAAUUGCGGCCGGAAAUUGGAGCGGAGGUAUCAAACUACUUUCGGUUCCCAAUUUGGAGGAAAAGGCGAAGUUCAAAGGACACACCGACAGAGUUGGUGGUCUUGCAUGGUUCCCGGGUGCGACAUUACCUCAGUCUAAUGCCUCGUCGUCUACGGUGAACUUAAUUUCUGGAGGUGGUGAAGGAGACAUUAAUCUAUGGUCACUUGACCAAGAGAAGCCAUUGGCAACUCUGGCUGGACACUCAGGCCGUGUGUGUCGAACAGAAUUUCACCCAUCAGGACGAUACGCAGCAUCGGCCUCCUUUGAUACCACUUGGCGCUUAUGGGACGUCGAAACAACAACAGAACUUCUUUUACAGGAGGGCCAUUCUCGAGAGGUUUACACUGUAGCUUUCAACAACGAUGGCUCUCUUCUCGCAAGUGGUGGACUGGAUAGUAUUGGCCGUAUCUGGGAUGUCCGGACAGGACGAACCGUCAUGAUUCUGGAGGGACACAUCCGUGAGAUCUACGGCAUGGAUUGGGGCGUUGAUGGAUACCGAGUGCUCUCAGGGUCCGGCGACGGAUGGGUUAAAUGCUGGGACCUGCGACAGGUCCGCAAUACAGGCGGAAUCGGUGCCCACAAGAGUGUGGUGUCCGAUCUUCGAUGGUACAAGGGGUCAGAGUCGGCCUCUUAUCUGCCUUCUACAAAUAAUACAAAUGGUCAGAUGGAUAUUGACGGGGCCUCUCCGAAGCCGAGUGACAGUGAGACCAUGACUACCUCCAGUGCGCAGGUCGAACCUAAGAAGUCUGGCACAUUCUUUGUGUCCAGUGGAUUCGACAAGAAUGUGAAUAUCUUCAGUGCUGAUGACUGGUCCUUGGUCAAGUCACUGAGUGGACAUGCAGGAAACGUUCUCAGCACAGAUAUCAGUGAUGAUGCUAAGUGGAUUGCUAGCUGUGGUCAUGAUCGUACUGUGAAGCUCUGGGGUAUUGAAUAA